GCCCCGCCCCCCUGCUCCUCGUGCUGCCGGUGACAGAGAGCAGCGCGAGCGCUCCGCACCGACCGUCAACUAACCCGCACUAACUAACCCGAACUAUCUAACCCGAACUAAGUAACCAGUCGGUCCACGGACGACUAGAGCUAACGGCUAACGGCUAGCGGCGGCCUGACGGUGAGCGGCUCCCGGGUCUGUCACGGAUCGUGACCGAGUAACGGCGGGUCACCUGGUUAGCGGCUAACAGGUGGAUUGGACCGAGGGGACUGUCAGUAAAGUUGUGUUAUGAUGGAGGAGCUUCACGACGUCCAGCUGACGGAGAUCAAACCCCUCCUGACAGCACAGAACGGGAGAAAUCUCCAGGACUUUGACUGUCAGGAGCACGAUGUGGAGACGGCCCACGGCGUGCUGCACGUGACCAUGAGGGGCGUGGCUAAGGGCAACCGACCCACAAUCCUCACCUACCAUGACAUCGGACUGAACCAUAAGUCUUGUUUCAACAGCCUGUUUAACUACGAGGACAUGCUGGAAGUGACUCAGCAUUUCUCAGUUCUGCAUGUCGAUGCUCCAGGUCAGCAGGAGAACGCUCCCAUAUUCCCCACCGGGUACCAGUACCCCACCAUGGAUGAGCUGGCUGAGAUGCUGCCAUCUGUCCUCACACAGCUUCAGGUGAAGAGUGUGAUCGGUAUCGGGGUCGGAGCUGGAGCUUACGUACUCGCCAAACUGGCUCUGAAUGAGCCAAGUCUGGUGGAGAGUUUAGUUCUGAUCGACAUUGACCCCUGUGCCAAAGGCUGGAUGGACUGGGCUGCCUCUAAGCUGAGCGGCUGGACCAGCAACCUGGUGGACCUCAUCAUGGGACACCACUUCAGCACCGAGGAGUUAACGGAGAAUAAGGAGAUCAUCCAGACAUAUAGACUGCACAUCUCUCAGGAUAUACCACAGGACAACCUGGUCAUGUUCUACAGCAGCUACGAAAGUCGUACUGAGUUGCAGAUGGAGCGGCCGGUCGUGGGUCUGAAUGAAAACACAGUCACCACACUCAGGUGUCCUGCUCUGCUGGUGGUUGGAGACACGUCUCCUGCUGUUGAUGCCGUGGUGGAGUGUAACUCCCGACUGAACCCGACGAAGACCACCCUGCUCAAGAUGGCGGACUGUGGAGGACUUCCUCAGGUGGUGCAGCCUGGGAAACUAGCAGAGGCCUUCAAGUAUUUUGUGCAGGGGAUGGGCUACAUGCCCACAGCUGGUAUGACCCGGCUGGUCCGCUCCAGGACUCACUCGGCCUCCAGCGUCGGCUCCUCAGAUGGAGUCCGGAGCCGCACGGCCACCAGCGCCCCCCCAGAGGGAGUCACCUCCUCCAGCUCCGAGCUCACGGUGCCGCACACCAUCGAGAUGACCUCGUAGGACGGUUCUCUCCAUCUUUACUCCUCCAUGCUUCUUCUCCUCCUGUUCCCUGAACUCAACAGUUUGGCUGUUUUAGUUGUAAACGUUCCUUCUAAACAGAAAAAGGUCAAAAAGGUCAAACCUGCUUCACAGUGGAGACGACGGCAGCAGCCAUGUUGACUCUGGUGUCAUGUCCUUGUUAGAUGUGGCUGCCAUGUUGAUUCUGUAGAUGUAACCGUACAUGGAGUUCCGCCGGCUCUCAGUUAUAUUCAGUUGUGCUGUAUUUCUUAAAGUGGUUUCCUCAGGUCAGAUGUUCACUUUAACUCUGUCCUUCCUUUAGUUUGGUUCCAUUCUAACUUCUCUUGUGUUAUUUAGUGAUGAGUGAAGUUGCGGUGCCGUUAGUGAAGCUCGUCUUUUCAGUGUCUCAGAGCGUCGGCUCUUCUCCAGGCAGGUGGGACUCUUCCUGUUACAGUGGUUCUGACGUCAGACUGAAUGAAACUCAUUUAAAGCGAUUGCUGUUCUGCUGCUGUGACCUCUGACCUCUCUAUUAUACAUUCUCUCUAUUAUUGGCAGCAGCUCCUGCUCGUCCGGCCGCUCGGCAGCAUGCUCGUCGUCGACUUGUGGCAUGACAACUGUUCAGUGGUGUUGUUCAGCCGGGGCAGAGGGGGUUCUACAUUGUGCUGGUUCUCUGGACUGAGCAGGUUCAUCGUCACUGUCGCCUGAAACCAACAGAGCUCCCUGGACAGUGAUGACUUAUUGAUCAGUGAUUAUCGUACAGACUGAGCUACGUGACGCUGCAGCUGUCGUUUGGCUUCAGGGACGUGUUGUGAUGAUUUGCACUUUGAAGGAGUCGAUGAAGCCUCUGAGUCUCGACUUGAGAAGGUUCAGGUUUGUUAGGAAUCACGCGUGUGAAUAAAACGACGACAGGUUUGAAGUCGACCCACAAACCGUCUCCUGCAGAUCAGAGGAAGUGUUUUAUUCUAUAUAUUCUCACUGUUACUCUACCGUUUGUUACUGUUCAAUAUUUAAUACAAAUAUUUCUUUAUAGAUUUGAACACCAGUAGCUGUUGUUAAACUGAGGUUUGUACUUAAUAGAUGUUUCAUGUAAACAAGCUUUGUACUCAAAUAAAGUUUGUUAUCAAUAAAGACAGAACAAGUUUUCA